GGAGUUUUGGAAAGAGUUACCCUUUGUAGCUUACUGUAACAUAUAAAAGCUGUUAGCAGCUCCUGUAGUCAGCAGCUAGGAAGCCUGCUGAAGUUUUUUUUUUCAAAUCUCUCUCUCUCUGUUUUUCCCUCCCUUCCUUUGAGGGGUUGUAAUAAGACACACUCCUCUUUCCAAGGGUUCGCACUAGCACACAGAAAAGAGCUGUUUAACUUGGAAGAACAAUACUCUAGGCUUUUUGGUUCUGCAAAGAGAUCUUCUAAACUUUCUGGCUUAAAGUAGUAUUCUGUCUUUCCAUAGGCCCCAAAAUGAUAGUAAUCACAACCAUUGGCAGUGCCCUUUUAAUUUCCAUUGUCUGUGACACAAGUGCAGUAGUUUUACCCAAUUCCACUGACGUAUAUUGGUCAGCCAAUGAUUCUACCAAUGCUGAAGGGGCUUUGAAUACUCAGCUGGAUUCGGCAAGCCUCCCCAAAACCAGAAGCAAACGAUACAUUUCACAGAAUGACAUGAUUGCCAUUCUGGAUUAUCAUAAUCAAGUGCGAGGCAAAGUCUUCCCGCCUGCAUCUAACAUGGAAUAUAUGGUGUGGGAUGAAAAUUUAGCUAAGUCAGCAGAAGCAUGGGCUGCUACCUGCAUUUGGGACCAUGGCCCUUCAUACUUACUGAGAUUCCUUGGACAAAAUCUAUCUGUACGCACUGGAAGGUAUCGAUCCAUUCUCCAGCUCGUGAAGCCAUGGUAUGAUGAAGUGAAAGACUAUGCCUUUCCAUAUCCCCAAGAUUGUAAUCCGAGGUGUCCAUUAAGAUGUUAUGGGCCAAUGUGCACACAUUAUACCCAGAUGGUUUGGGCUACUUCCAAUCGAAUUGGCUGUGCAAUCCAGACAUGCCACAACAUGAAUGUCUGGGGCUCAGUUUGGCGGCGAGCUGUUUACUUGGUAUGCAACUAUGCACCAAAGGGAAACUGGAUCGGAGAAGCACCAUAUAAAGUAGGAGUGCCAUGUUCUGCUUGUCCCCCCAGUUAUGGAGGUUCUUGCACUAACAAUCUAUGCUUUCCGGGAGUGACAUCAAAUCAUUUAUAUUGGUUUAAGUAAAGUUGUGCAACAUUUUAAUAACUGCUCAUAUCAUUUGACAUGAGUAUGUAACAGUAUUUUGUAUAUUGAAAUUUGCACAUAUUGUAUGUAUGUAUAUAUUUAUGUAUAUUGUAAUUAUUUCAGUGUGCAUUGUGUAAUUGUUUGAAUAGAUUGUCUCGGCUUCAAGCACUUCAGUUCAACAGGGUCAGGAAUUAAAUGAAUACCAUGUAACUAUAUGUAACAUGAGAAAAAGGUGCCAGAUCUGGCUCUGCAGAACAGUAUUAUCUCUGGGCUAUUUUUCUUUACUCAUUAUACCGCAGAAUUAAUGCAAAAUGAUAUUCUAUUAAAAGAAUUUAUAUAGAGCGCUUCUAGAUAGGCUUAAACCCACGAUGAAGUGGGUUUAAGAAACCCGUUUCGUAAGGGAUUUAGGUCCCCAUGCCCUUUGCAAAAACCCAGGCUUUACUUGGCGGGGGGGGGGGGGGGUCCCCUGCUCUUCUGGUAACUACCAGGAGAGCAUGGGGCCACCCCAAACCCACCCUCCAAAGCUCUUAAAAUAAUACUUAUCAGGCUGCCAUUACUCCUCUCCAGCAGGUCUCCUGGCAUGUAGAAAUGAUGCACCAAGAGAUGCGGGGAGGAAGCAAUUUCCCCCCAUCUCCUGGCAUGUCAUUUCUAUGUACCAGGAGAGCUGCUGGAGAGACUUAAUGGCAGCCUGGUAAGUUUUACUUUAUUUUAAGGGCUUUGGGUGAGGGGGGUUGGGGGAGGCAGUGGUGACUUCUCACUUCUCUGGGCUCAUGGGCCCUGAAGACGUGAGAUGGGAAGUGGGGACUGACCCCUGAGUAGUCGCAAGACUACCUGUGGGUGAGUCCCCACAGGCCCCAUAUCCCAUACCCUGUUAGACUUGGGCCUUUCAAGAAGGCCCAGGUCUAAUGGAGUAUCAAUCUAGAAAAAAGCAGGUAAAGAUAAUUAAUUCUCUUUUACCUGAGGUGCUGUUUGGACGCCUCUGGUAAAAGUCUGACAGGGCCCGCAUUUUGGACCCUGUCUGGAAGGGCCCAUAGAUAACUUUUCUGUAAGAUAUCUUCAGAAUUCUUCAAAAUAUCUUCAGAAAUAGCCAUUGCUCCUCAGAUAUUUACAAGUAGAAAAAAAUUAUAGAUAUUUCUUGUUCUAGAAUCUUGAGUGUAAGGGAACCAAAGUCCAUGUUUGUAUUUUCCCUUGCACAUAUAUGUACAAUUCUGGAGAUUGGCUGUAUCUCUGAUGACAAAAACAGAUGAUUACAGCUGCUGCUUCUGCUGCUAUUGCUAAAAAAUAUCCUAGAUACAACAAGAGAGAAGCAGAGCUACCUGGCUGUGUUCUUUUUGACACACCUUGUCCCCUCUCUGCUGUUGGUAUUACCUGGGGCUAUAUAAUCCAAGGUGCUGUGUUGUGGACUAUUUGCCCUCCUGAAAUGGUGCUCUUUGCUGCCAGAAUAAGGCAGGUCCCAGGGCUUUCUCAGUAGCAUUAGAUGGGGCUCUUAGGUUCUUUCAGGGAACAUAGAAAUUAUGUGUCACCUAUAUUUUUCGGAUUUGAUGUCUCUUGCUUGCUAUCAGAGCACCCGACUGCCAAUAAUGACAAUAUUGUAAUUUGUGAACAGAGCCCAUAACAUACCUAAUUCUCAGAAUGGGACUGGGAGCAGGGCUCACCUCCCUAGUAUUUUCAUCAGGAAGAUAAUAUGUGUGUCCCCAUUGUGUGGUGUUUGACUGCCUUUUCUUCAUCCGCAAUUGAGGUGGCUGGAUUAAGCUGGCUAAGAAUUUAUAGGAGCUAUAGUCCAACAAUACUGAGGAAGUCAUGUUUCCCCUCGUUCUGAUUUUCCUGAUGCAAAUAUAAUGUAAAGGACUUUGAGAGUCAUUGCAACUUGAGGAUUCAGUAAGAAAAUAAUAAAAACGACACAUGCAUUCACUUAAAAGAAAAAAAACAAAUCUUGUGAAUUUUGUGAUUGGUCUACAUAACAGUUUGAAACUGGGUGGAUCUUUUUUUUUUCACUUGUUGCAUAUUUUGCCAGAGGGCUUGCUCCUGUGAUGUUAAGUGAAAACAUUUCACAUGCUUAGUAUUGUCCUUGAACAACCAAGUACAAUCCCCUCCCUGGAGUAGGACUCUGUGGGAGACUAGGGGCUGCAGUGGCCCCAGGGGGCUUUGGAGAGGUGCAUCCCAAUUGAGGGCUAGAGGGCAUUUUGCCAUGUUUCUCAUCCUCCCUGGGCUGUUUCAGACCCUGGAUGGGCCUUUCAUUAACACCGCAAAGUGACUUGUUUUUUAAAGUCUAAGGCAGGCUUUUUAAAAAACAGUUCUUUUGCCUCUUUUUUCAAAAAGGUCUUUCUUGGUUAAAGUGGUCCUGUCUCUCACUCUCAACAUGGCAAAUAUACCCCCACACUCCUUAGAGGAAACACUUACUCUUGUGUGCCUUAUUUCUACACUCAUAUCUGUGCUUCAGAGUCAUCAACUAAAUGUAUUUCAUGACUAAUUAACAACAUAUUCAGCAUGUUGACAGAACUCACAUCCAAACCAAAAUAUAAAUUUUCCCUCAGACUGACCUAGUGCUAGAGAUGCCAUAUUUAAAUUAGGGAGGGACUUUGUACCUUUAAGUGUUUUAUAAAAAUGGGAAUUGAUACCAGGUAUUGCUUGUUAGCUGGUUGCAUGACAAUCAACAACGCCUGAAAUUCUUGCAUUUAAACAACCAUUAAAGGUAGAGUAAACCUCUCCAGUUUUCCAUCUGGCAACCCUACUUCGUGUUGAAUCCCAUUUUAGGAGAAAAGUGGGAUAUAAAGGAAUGAAUAAAUACUGACUUCGUGAUAUAAGCUAGUGAUGAAAUAAGCUAAUUUUACAUGUUGUCAUGUCUAUGGAUGCUGAUAGGAAUGACGAGCACACAGCAGCUCUUAUAUAUUUUAAUAUGCUUUUUUAAAGAAAAAGUCAUUACAUUAAAAGCAUAGUAACUGGCAGAAGCACCAGUAUGCUUUCUAAAGAGAUCUAGUAAUUGUAAAUACAUGAUUCUGUACUGUAGCUUGAAGAAUUAUGAAACAGAUCGAUAUUGAAUGCAUAAACAUAUACAUUGUUAUUGCUAACUCUUCUCUUACAUUGCUAUGAAUAAGUUGCUUUUUUUGGAAUCUUGUUUUUAACAUUACAUGCAGUGAUGCCUCCAUCAGCAAACAGGUGCACAGGUGUCAUCAUAGUAUACAAUACAAUGGCAGCCCAUGGCCCAAGCAGAGAGGGCUGCCGCAUCCCACCACUUUGGGCUGAAGACCUCUCUUCCCUUUGUGCUCAGACUGUGGACUGCCAGCUAGUGAACAACAAAGGUGCUAAUAAAACUCUGGUGCAAUUGAAAACAGUAACAACUUUUUAAUAUUCCUUUUAAUGAAGUUUGAGAUUAACCAGAAUAAAUACACUGUUGAUCAGAAGGAGUAGGAAACACGUAUGACAUAAGCUAUUUCAUGUGAGCAGCUUCUUUUUAAUCAGCCAGCAAGGUCCAACCAAUAGCAGGAAGGCCUUAGGUACAUACUUGGAUUAUGUGACUAUAUGGUAAUCUUGCUAUCAUCAUCAUCAUCAUCAUCAGACAUUCUCCUCUUUACCCAAACUCCUGUAGUACUUAACAGUCAAUGGUGGCUGCCAUCUUUUGUGUCAUAAGUGUUCUGCUGCAGACUUGUCCAAACAUUUCAAGAUUUAGCCAUGUCUCAGAUCCUAUUGAUGGACAGACUACAGAUGACAGUAACACUUUAAUAAUUCUUAUAAUUCAGAGUAAAAUGCAGAUAACAUUGUUGUUUAUUUGCUUUCAGUUGACCUGGAAAUCUCUAGGCAUCACUCCUGUCAUAUUUCUGUUGGGGUAUGUCAAUGGUUUUUAAAUGUUAUUCCUUGUGUAGUGUCUUAACUGGUCUGACCACUAAACAGUGUGAACAUUUUUUCUCUGUCUACACUGCCAUAUAAUCCAGUUCAAAGCAGAUAAUCUGAAUUUUAUAUGGCAGUGUAGAAGGGGCCAAAGAAUGUUAUCCAAAGGUAAGAAUGGGCAGAUUCAUAUAGUGGGGAUAUCAUGACGUCUGAGAAAUCUUAACAAGAUGUCCUUAAAUUGAUCCAGUGGGAUUGCUGUUUUUGCUAUUUUCUCAUUUUCAUUAUUACAGGAUUUUUGCAUAGGUUGGCUUUAGUGUCAGAACUAGUUGACAACUCUCACAAGCAUUCUUAUUAAUAUAAAAGUGUUAUUGAACUAAUUGAUCCAUUAAAAUUUGGAGGGCAAAAGAUUUUGUAACUCUGAUUUAAUGUUCUGCCUAAACACGGGUUAUAACAUUGUAAGAAAGUGAUUUUCAAACAGAUUGUAUGCUUCAUAGUAUUUCUUCUUUAUUUAUAGAACAAAAAUGUCUUGUUUCAUAUAUCUGUUAACUUUAUUUUAACAGUUCCUUCAUAAUAAGAUUACCAGAGAACAUUUUUCAUUGUUCAACAUGGGUGCUGCAAACAUUAAACUUAUUUUUCCAUGUUACAGUGAUAUUAAAAUUGUAUUAAAUUUGCAUAAAACCUUUCUAUACUUGAGCUUGUGAAACUAUAUCAGUGCAGAGAUCAUUUUGAGUGAUUCUAUAAGACUUAUGCAUUUAAAUAAAAAUUAAAAUGAUCACUA